AUGACAGAAUUUGUUAGUAGUACAGAUUUAAGUGGAGAGACUGAAGAAGGAGCCUCCUCAAGAGCACGUUCUUUGGUAAUUUCAAACAAAAAUAAUGGAAAAAUUUAUACAAUAAAAAGACAAUUAGGUAAAGGUGGUUAUGGAACAGUAUUUUUGUGUCUUGAUUACAAAAAUCGGAUUCGAGCAUUAAAGGUAGAAAAAGAUCCAGCUUUGACACAAGAAAUAAAAAUUUUUAAAGAAGCUAAAAAUAAAAAAUGUAUACAUAUAGCUAAAAUGUAUGAUUAUGGAACAUGUAAUGAACUUGUUGAUCCAUUUAUCUUGAUGACGUGUCUCGGAAAAAAUCUUUCUGAUGUCAAAAAACGGCUCCCAAAAAAAAUGUUUACUAUUAAUACAACUCUAAGAGUCUUAAUGCAAACAUUAUCAGCUAUCCGUGAGUUACACUCACUAGGCUAUGUUUCCCGAGAUGUUAAACCAUCAAAUUUUUGUGUUGGCCGGCCAACAAUAGCUCCAAAAUCAAUUUUCAUUAUAGAUUUUGGUGUUGCUAGAGAUUUCAGAAAUGACAAUGAAUCAACUAUCAUUAACAAGAAUACCGUAACAACUUUUAAAGGAACAGUUAGAUAUUGUUCUUUGGCAAAUCAUUUCUUUAGAAGACAAUGUCGACGUGACGACAUUGAAAGUUGGUUUUAUAUGAGUUAUGAAUUUUUCGAAGGAAAACUACCAUGGCAAAGAAUAUCACGCAAAUACAGACAAAGGAUAAAAGAUAUCAAAACUAUCUUAAGAACACCAACACCAAAAAUGUUUGCAAAAACACCAAAAUUUAUGUAUAAUUUACUACUUGAUAUUGAUAAAAUAAAAUUUCUUGAAAAACCCAACUAUGAUUAUAUACAUAAUCUCCUUCAUACAACAUUUAUUGAAAGUAAUUAUAGUUAUGAUGAAUUAUAUGACUGGGAAUUACAAACAAUUCCAAGUCUCUUUGAAGAAAACCUGGAAGAAGAAUUAACAACUGAAAACUAA